AUGCCUUAAUUAAAAUUAAAUUGUAAAUACAUAUAAACGAAGAUUGUAUUAAGAACAUUAAUAUUUAAGAAUAAAUAAUUAGCAAUAACUGAAUGCAAUAAACUGUUACAAUCAUAUGAUUUUAGGAAUUUUUACUAGAGAUACAAGAUCUAGAUUUAAAAACAAUAAUAUUAACUAAUUAUAUAAAAUGGAGAAAACUAACUUUAAAAAUUUAAUUUUUAGUUAUCAGAAAAGCUUGAUUCAAUAUUCUAAGCUGAUAAAGGAAUUUUUCAAGUUAUUANGAGAGAGGAAGGUUCAUCUGAAAGAAAAAUGAGUAGAGAAGAAGAAGGCACAUCUGAAAGAUCUCUAAAGAGAGAGGAAGGUUCAUCUGAAAGAUCUUCUGCGAAGAGAGAGGAAGGAUUAUCAGAAGAUAAAGCCGACUCUAAUGAUUCGUAAUUGGAAUAGCAAUUAACAGAAACUGCAAAUCAAUCAAAUCGAAAAAAUUUAGAAUUAGAAAUAGUUAGUGAACAAGUACACAGUCCAAAUUAGAAUAAUUAUUGCAUGUAAUUAUUUUCAGUUUCGAUCAUCUUGGUAUUUGUCUAUUGA